CCACAGCCGCCGCCUCGGUCCCCGCCUCCGCCCACCCGCCCGCCGGGGACGCCGGGGAACCCUCCGGGCCCAGGGACCGCGAGAGACCCCGCCCCGCCCUAUCGCGGCCGCCGGGCCUGGUCACGCGCAGAGCCGCGCCGCGGGAUCGGGGCCAGCGCCGCGCGGAGGCGGGACGGGGACAGGGGCGGAGGGUUGAAAUCGCGCGGCCGGGCCGGGGCGCGCCGAGCCGAACCCAGCCACGCGGCGCCAGCGAGGCGGCCGGACCCGCAGCCCCGAUGCUGCUGACGCUGGCCGGGGGCGCGCUCUUCUUCCCGGGGCUCUUCGCGCUCUGCACCUGGGCGCUGCGCCGCUCCCAGCCCGGAUGGAGCCGCACCGACUGCGUGAUGAUCAGCACCAGGCUGGUUUCCUCGGUGCACGCCGUGCUGGCCACCGGCUCGGGGAUCGUCAUCAUUCGCUCCUGCAACGACGUGAUCACCGGCAGGCACUGGCUUGCCCGGGAAUAUGUGUGGUUUCUGAUUCCAUACAUGAUCUAUGACUCGUACGCCAUGUACCUCUGUGAAUGGUGCCGAACCAGAGACCAGAACCGUGCGCCCUCCCUCACUCUUCGCAACUUCCUAAGUCGAAACCGCCUCAUGAUCACACAUCACGCGGUCAUUCUCUUUGUCCUUGUGCCAGUUGCACAGAGGCUCCGGGGAGACCUUGGGGACUUCUUUGUCGGCUGCAUCUUCACGGCAGAACUGAGCACUCCGUUUGUGUCGCUGGGCAGGGUUCUGAUUCAGCUAAAGCAGCAGCACACCCUUCUGUACAAGGUGAAUGGAAUCCUCACGCUGGCCACCUUCCUUUCCUGCCGGAUCCUUCUCUUCCCCUUCAUGUACUGGUCCUAUGGCCACCAGCAGGGACUAAGCCUGCUCCAAGUACCCUUCAGCAUCCCCUUCUACUGCAACGUGGCCAAUGCCUUCCUCAUAGCUCCUCAGAUCUACUGGUUCUGUCUGCUGUGCAGGAAGGCGGUCCGGCUCUUUGACACUCCCCAAGCCAAAAAGGAUGGCUAAAUGCUCCUGGGAGUCAGGCGCAGCCUCACACCAGCUGCCUCCUCCACUCAGCAUUCCAUGGACCAGAUUGUGCCCUGGGUGGCCUCAGACUUUGGGUAUUGAUAAGCAGAUGGAUUUGAGUUUUUCUAAAGAAUAUUCAUAUUACCUCCUUCUUCUAACCUGCCCUGUUUGCAAAAGCACUUUUGUAGUAACAACUAUUGGGUCCUGUCAGACCUCCACGGACAGCAAAGUGGUUUUAAUGCAAGCCCAAGGAUCCUUCUUAGGGUCUUAUCUCAAGAGCUCUGGGAGGUGGAAGCAUGGGGUGGGAUCGGUGGACCAGGGUGGUAAGUGUCUGCACAUCUGCCUGUCCCUGUAUCAGCGGCUACCCACCUUCCAAACCACUCAGGGCAGUACCCAUGGCACUGGGCCCACAGAAGCACGGGAUGACUUGGUUCUUGGAAGUAAUGUCUUCUUGUGACAUGGGCCUGGGACAAUCAUUGUGGGUAGGUAGUUAUUGAUCGUUUACUAGAUAACCCAUUGGUUCUUUGCCUCAUCCUCUCAUCCAUGGGUCAGAGUUGAAUUCUUAUGUCUAUAGACUUCCAAUCAGAAGUCUCACUGGUGGGGCUGGGGGUGGGGGCAGGCAGGAGGCAUGGAUGGGAACCUGAGUAGGUAGUGUGGCCAAGAGGUCAGCACAACCUUUGCAGGCUGACUUGCUAAGUCUGACAGUGUCAAACUUGUGAGCUUACUGCAGUCAGUCACAGAUGCUGUUCUUUUUAACACACCCCUUCAUGCCCAGCUUUCCCCAUAUCCACAUGCAGAGGGCGUGCUCAUAAAAACUAAAGGGAAACGUGAAAUGAUGGCUUUGGUAGCUGUUUACUGGGUAACCCCACUGUGACACUGUCCUUUUCAUGUGAUGUGGAAACCAACUUCUGUCCUCCAAACCAUGAAAUGUGUCAUCUAGACUGCAGAGUACUUGAGUGCUUUGCCUCCCGAUACGCCAGAGCUUGUGGUCCAAAGCCCAUUCCUGUGUGUCCGUCCUGCCAUUUAGCCACAGAAGGCUGCAGAGUGAGGCGGCAGCUAGCCUGGCCAGUGGCUGUCCCAUGGACCGACACCUGCGCCCCCUCCUGCAAGCAGGAUUUUCUGGUGCCAACACUCAUCAUUCCCGAUCAACUAGGAUGGAUUUGAGACUGUGCUACCAUGUGUUCUCAAGUGGUAGUUUAAAAAGUGGAUUUUUAAAGUGCCUUUUAAUUGUCUGUGAACGUCUAAAGGACUCAUUUGUCUCAUUUUGACUGUUGAGUCUUUAAUGGGUGCCAUUUAAAAAACAAAAUGCUAUUUUUUAAUUGUCUUUUUUUUUUUUUUAACUAUCAGUGUAUCUUUAAAAGUCACCCUUACGGUGAUUAAAUUGCACUAACAUUCCCAA